AUGCAACCACAAAACGACUGGAGAGUUGUUAACCAAAAUUUUGCCCGAAGACCUAUGUUUGAGGAGACGCCCGGCGGUCCCCCAAAACCAAUUGAAUCCCUGUAUUAUAUUAGUAAUAGUGAUAAUAGUGAUGACAUUAGAAGACACGAUACGGACGAACCCAUAGAUGAAAAUACUCCGGAUGUGGACAAAAAGCCGAGACUAGAGUUUGACAACAAUCCGAAUAACAGAAUGAAAAUAAUUCCCUUUAAGAUUAACGACGCCUUCGGAGGAGGCCUUUCACCCAAGAAGAAGAACGGAUCCUUUCUUAUAAGACUGUCGCCACCAAACAAGCCAUUAGCUCCUGACUCCACUCCAAAGUCCACUCAACAAAUUUCAUGUUUUUAUAAUUCGGUUGAAUACCCGAACGGAGCGAUGAUCCCAAAGCCCGACCCCUGCACUCUCUGCCGAUGCUUUUACGGCCGAGAGCUCUGUCAGCAACAGAAAUGUCCGGCGCCUCCCGAGAAGGACUGCGUUCCCGAACAGAUGAACGGCUAUUGUUGUCCCCGUUAUAUAUGC